AUGGCAUUUCCGACGCCCGAUAGCGAAUUCAUGCCGGACGACUCUGAACUCUCCUCUCCUUCGGCAGCGCCGUCUUCUGCCCUGGCGGCGCUCACCGAGUCGGUGAGAAUCGCGCCUCCAAUGACCUCCGUUGCCAACGCUCGCGUACCGGAUGACACCAACCGAUACGGGAGCAUCGGCUAUGACACCGUCGUCGGUGACGGUGUAAAUUUUCCGGCUCGGAAAUUGAAGCCUCGCGGCGCGACCGAGGCGGGUUGGGUUUUGGGUGCAGAGCCACGGCCCGCGCAGUCUGAGUCCUGGCAAGGGUCUUUCGUUAGACCUUCACUUCCGGACUCGGCGAAGGAGCUCCCGCUAGCACCGUCGUCGGCUGCUCCCUUCUGUGGCGGCGGCGGCGGCGCUAGCAGCAGCAGUUCGUCGUCUAACAACCCUCCCAGAGCGCCUGCACGAGCUCCUCCGUUGCCCGAUCAUCAGAGGAGUCAUCAUCGUCUCGCGCCAGCACCACAUACGGGCGCCGUUCACCGCCGAGGCAACAUAUACAACGGCCAGCAGAGGGGAAGCCAAAGCUGGGUCCCUCCUAGUCCUAGGGGAUCGCACUACGGGAAUCAGCACCAUGAUGAGAGAAGUGGCUACGGUUGGCACGACCCUCAAGUCCCCGUCCAAAAUCUCUACACAGGGAUGCCGUUGCCACGGAUGCCGGGGACGGGACAGCCAUUGAUGCCCCAGCCAACAAGUCCGUGUGUGCCAUAUGUCUACGCGCCACAGCGUGCUCAGGCCCAGCCUCCUGUAAGUCCCAUGGACUACAACGGCGUUGCCUCUGGAUACAAUGCCCAAUUCGUGACGCAUCCGAAUCCCUAUGCGAGUGUGCCGCUCGACACUUAUCGAAUGCCUUUCAACAAUUUCCAAAGGCCACAGCCGCUGACUGUGGCUCCUUCCACAAUCAGUAUUCGUGCUCCGGUUGACAAUCGGAAACUGAGCUUGAAGCGGCAGAUUGAAUACUAUUUUAGCGUGGAUAAUCUCUGUAAAGACAUUUUUUUACGUGGCAAGAUGGAUGAUCAAGGUUGGGUUCCCGUCUCAUUGAUUGCUACCUUCAACAUGGUCAAAAGGGUGACCACAAGCACAAGGGAGAUAUUGGAUGCUCUAAGAGAUUCGACAAAACUUGAAAUACAGGCAGAGAAAAUUAGAAGACGCGAGGAUUGGAUGAGAUGGUUACUGCCCUCGAUGGAAAAUCCAAAUGGUCAUGGUUCCAUGCCUCACUUGACAUUGAACCAUGAUGAUUCAGUCAUCCACCCCAUGCAGAAUCUCGAAUUAGGGGAAUCUUCCAGCCAGACCAUCAUGAGUCGUACUCAAACUGAGGUAGCACUUGAUAGGGGAUCAGCAUCUUGUAGCUGCAACAGCCAGCAGGAUAGAGAUCCAUCUCAACUAGAAGAACUUUGCCACAGCGGUUCAGAUCAUGAAAUAGGCAGUGACAAAAGCUAAGUUUGGAGGAAUAUGGCAGGAACGGAUUCAUAAAUCCAGAUACAUAUGGACUGGUUGUUAGAUUGUCCUAUCUGAUUCUUUGUCGUCGGGCAGUCUGCUAAAUAUAAAGGAG